UCUAUAACAUACCCCGUGUAAGACUACAAGUCCCAUGAUUCAAUGCGCCACUCGCCUCCAAUUACGCCGACUCGUGGUGGACAGACGGUAAACAACAUGGCGGUGACACCGGCGCGAAGUUCAUCUUUGCACGAUUUAGGUUUGUGGGCGGACCGGACUGUCCUCCACGAGGCCGCAUCUCACGGCAGGGCUUUACAGCUGAUACGGUUGAUAGAGAGUGAAGCGUCAGUCAACAUCGUGACCGUGGACAACAUCACGCCGUUGCACGAAGCUUGCCUCCGGGCUCACCCGCACUGUGCCCGCCUGCUGCUGGAAGCUGGAGCACAGGUGGAUGUGCGGACGAUCCACGGCAGCACUCCCCUCUGCUACGCCUGCUCAUCCGGCAGCUUGGAGUGUGUCAAGCUACUCUUGCAGUAUGGCGCCCAAGUCAACCCGUCACUCACCGCUUUGACGGCGUCCCCCCUCCAUGAGGCCUGCAUCCAAGGAAAUCCUGAGAUAGUAAAGCUGCUGAUUGCCAGCGGUGCCCAGCUGGAGGCGUACGAUGUCCACUUUGGCCCACCGCUGCACAUCGCAUGUGCAAAAGCGCGCGUGGAAUGUGUCAGGGAGCUUCUCCUUGCAGGCGCCAACGUGAAUUCGAGCAAAUUUCACGAGACUGCCUUGCACCUCGCCGCUCGACUCGACACGCCGGACGUGAUGGAGCUGCUGGUGGAGUUCGGAGCCAACGCGCACUCCGUCGACAACUGGGGACGAAAGCCCGGCGACUACUCGCCACCUGCGUCGCCGUCCUGUGCCUAUCUCAGGUUUUACGAAAGAAACCCGCUGAGCCUUCAGCAGCUUUGUCGAAUCACCGUGAGGAGAGCUCUUGGUACCUCUGCCACGGCGGUCAUAGGUUUGCUGGACAUAGCCCGUCGCAUUCAAAGCUAUCUCCAGUUUUGUCACCCCGCAUCACUAGAGUUCCAAAAUGGAGGUUUGAUUUAACGAAUGUACAGUGAAACUGCCGCUAUUUAUGAGUGUUGGAGCAAUUGAAAUCGUGAAAAUCCACGAAUAAUUGACGUCCCGCUUAAAAGGUUGCUACUGUACCGUGAUCGCCUGGAGAUGUCGCAAGAUGGCGGCAAAGGACUACUUUUGUUUAAAUGAAGCCCCUCAACUCACUUGAACCCCUUAACCGCUGUCCCUGAAAGGGUUAACUACUGAAUACAGCCGUUUAUGUAGCAUGGGUUCAUGACUGUGUACAUUCGAGAGGCAUGGUGUUGGUGUUUUAUGAUCCUUUACGUUUUCAGCGCAAGUUGUGUCAUUCAUACGCAGUUGGGUCAUAUCAUAAAUCCUAUAAAUUGUUGUCAAUACGAUGACAAGCCACUAAAUAAUCAUUAAAGCUGACCAUAUGAACCACAU